CGAACCAUCACGGCCUUUGUUGGGAGGACGGCGACACGGACUAUCGCCAGGCGAAGACGAUCAUUCGACGCGCGGUGCGCGACAACCUGGACGAGUUGUGUGAGACGGAGGAGACGCCCAACGCGCGAAUCUACGUGAAAGGUCUCGAGAAGAAGAAAUGGCUGCAGGAGAUUCUCGGCGACGUCGACGCGACGAUCGUGACCGUCGACGCGGAGUACGAGGACAUCGAUCGGUUGGAGUCUCUUCGCACCGAUCGCGCGUUUCGCUGCCGGCGUCACCAACGGUGCUGCGCCAUGGAGAACGUGAUGAAGUUGCGCGAUUGGUGGAUCGAGCAACGCGAAUGUUUCGCCAGCAUCGACUCCGCGAAUUGA